AUGAGCGGACGCAAAGCCUACACAUGUGUCCAAUGUCGAUUAAAGAAAAUAAAGUGUGAUAGGCAUCGAUUCUGUGGUCAAUGCAAGAAGAGGGGAGAAAUAUGUGAAUGGCCUGCAAACGGUGUUCCGCUAGAGAAUGAAGGCAGCAUACCGCGCUCAUCUGCAUCGCCUACAAGAGCGCCUGUAGUACCGAGACGCGCCCGUCAUCAGUCAAGCGGGUCCACGCCGCCCACAGUCGACGUCCCUCACACCGUUGCCCAUGCUGAACAGCUUGAUCACUCGAUUCUCAAUGAUCCUCGUGGUGAGCCAGUAGGAUGGGGAUUCGGCUCAAGUAAGACCCCAAGGCGGGCUUUUCCCUUUGACAGUGCGGGUAGUAGAACAGAUUAUAUGGUAACGGCGGAUCUGAUGAGAUCUCUGCCCAGUAGAGCUGAAUCGGAUACGCUGCUACGUGUAUAUCUUGAGCGUGUAGAAUGGAUCCACCAUCCAUUACAUCUGCCCACUUUCCUUGCGCAGUACAAUCGGUUCUGGAACAUGAAUAUCGCUCGCCGGUGUGAAACAGUGCACGCUCGAUGGUUGGCAUUACUAUACAUAGCCCUAUGCCUUGGGGAUCACUUUAGUGAUGAUGAAUUGACCACCGACCCCACGCUCGAAACAAGAUUGGUAACAGCAUGCGAAGACACACUCGCAUACUCUGACUUCCUGAAUCAGCCUUCAACGGAGACUAUACAAACGAUCAUUUGUCUGAAUAUAUACCUUAAUAACAAGAAUAGAGUGACAGCUGCCAAGAGCCUGCUAGGGACUGCUAUUAAGAUGGCCAUUUGUAUGGGAUUGUCGCGCAUUCCUGACGAAGGGCGGACAUCUAAUGAACAGGAUCUGAUAGACAGGGAGAUCGGAAGGAGAUUAUGGUGGUCACUAGUGUGUCAAGAUGCGUAUACGGCUUCGAAUAGUGGAUUCUCCUACUCGAUCAACUUGACCCAUUCUUCUACUGGUUAUUUCGCCAAUGUCGAAGAUGAAGAUAUCCGUUCGGGCUCGCAUUACCAUUCCCGCCCCAUGUCCGAAAUUACAGUAUCGACAUACCACCUGUGCAAAAUAAACUUUGCACUAACAGUUCGAAGCUUCAUUGAUGCGGUUAACGCGAACUUCCCCGACGCUUCUUAUGAAGAAAUUAUGAGAUUAGAUGCCCAGUUCAGAUCUGUUUACAAUGCUCUACCAGUACCCUUCCGACCUGAUCUUCCACAAGCUUUCGAACUCUCUUUUGCCGGUUCAAGAAGGUACUUGGUCGAACAAAGGAUAUUUAUGGGUAUCACCUUACACAAUCGAGUCAUGAGAUUACAUCGAUCGUAUAUGGUCAGAGGGUACGACGAUGAUCGGUAUGCGUAUUCUACCAAAGUAUGCCUUGAAUCAGCAUAUGCUACUCUGGAACUGGUCAAGCAAAGUCCGCAGACGUUAUGCAGAUGGUGGGUAGUGAUGGUACAUGUGUGGACGAGCGGUUUGAUCAUUUCUGCCGACUUGGUGAAAGGUGUAUCCGAUGUCGAUAUCAGACGGAAACAGCGAGAUGGGGUCAGAAUGGCAAUCUCUCUGCUUGAACCUAUAUCUCGGACGAGUCCUGUCGCUUCACGGGGAGUGAAGGUUCUAAAAGCUCUUCUAGACACGGAUGAUGCUCAGCUCCAACCUCGGAAGCGGAAGAGGGUUGACGAACAGCCUUCGAAUACUGCUCCAGUGCAUAACGCCAUCUCUUCCAUGACUGAUCUCGAACAAUUGCUGCGGGAUGUCACAUCUUCUGACCCGACGACCACAUAUACCGCACCGACUGAUGAUAUUGUGAAUGAACAAACUUUGGAAUUCUGGCAGUCCCUUUUUCAGAUGAAUCAGUGGUAA